CAAAAUAUGUUGACAGAAUAACCCCAUUGUUGAUCUUGAAAUGAUUGAUAAAUAUUCCAUUUUAGUCUGUAUUUAAGGCAUCCACUUUAAGAAUCAAAGGGAGAGGAGUAUUAUCUUUUAAAUAUUUUUCUUAGAACUUAUAUUCUUCCGCAAGAUGUCUGAAGAACCAAUUACUUUCAAACGAAUUAAGAAAAAACCUAGAAGACAACCACUUUCUACUGAAGAUGAUGACGAUAACAUUGAAGAAGUAAGUUCAAAAUUAUGUGAAAUGAGAGAACUACAAGAAUUACGAAAGAAACCUCAUGGAGUAAAUGUUAUUGCUUUAGCUAUUGGAAAGAAAAUAUCAAUUGAAGAUGAAGUAAUUCAUAAAGAUCCUUUCAAAAUUCAAACAGGAGGUCUAUUGAAUAUGAAUAUAUUGAAGAGUGGGAAAAUUAAGCAAGUUGAUGACGCUUAUGAUACAGGUAUUGGCACCCAGUUUUCUGUGGAAACUAACAAAAGAGACGAAGAUGAAGAAAUGAUGAAAUUUAUCGAAGAAAAAUUGAAUAAAACCAAAAAAACAGAACAAAAUGAAAACAGUGAAGAACCUUCUAAUAAGUACACCACUCCAGAAGAAGCAGCUCUACAGGCUGUCCCAACACAUUUACGAGAGUCUACAGCUAAAAAAUCAGAAGAGAUGUUGUCUAAUCAAAUGCUAUGUGGGAUCCCAGAAAUCGAUCUGGGAAUUGAAGCAAAGAUAAGAAAUAUAGAAGCAACAGAAGAGGCAAAACUGCGGUUGUUAAAUGAUAAUAAAAAUAAGAAUGAUGGCCCAUCUCAGUUUGUUCCAACAAAUAUCGCUGUAAAUUUUGUACAACAUAACAAAUCGAAUGCAGAACAAAAGACUGCCUUAAUCAUUAAAACGCAAGAAAAAUCUGAAAAGGACGAUGAACCGGCAAGUAAAAAAUCGAAAAAGGAUGAAAAGGCAACAGACGAUUAUCAUUUUGAAAAAUUCAAAAAACAAUUCAAAAGACACUGAGGCUUAAUAUAUUGAAUUUGUUCAAUAGAAACAUAAGCUGAAGAAAUUUCAGAAUCUGAUCGGAAGAGGGAGAAAGUUUGGUGUCAAGAAGAAAAACACAAUAUAUAUUUCAACGAUAUCUUUACUCUAUCAACUAUGUAACUAUCAAAUCUUAAUAAAAAUAUAUAUAACAUAAAAUGAA